AUGUCCGGCUCAGGCUGCCGGGUGGCCAGGAGGGAGCUGGAGGGAGGCAGUGUCCCCGCCACAGGGAGCAGCUGGGGUGGCCUGCCCAUGGGAGACAGCGAGGCCCUGGGAAGACAUGUGGAUGGCAUCCCUGCCCCUCCUGCCAGCCAUCGGCCCUUUGCCUGCGGUUGCCACAUCAGCCGACUGCACCUGCACGUGGACCGCCCACCUUGCCGUGGGGAAGGGGAGCGGGAGGCCAGAGCAAACACCCCCAGACCGAGGGGCAGCCCAGGGCCUGAACAAGUGCAGAACCUGGGCCAGGGCUCAGGUGGGUUCCCAGCCCAGGGGAGCAGUGUGGGCUCCACGCCCCAGGAAGGUGGGGGCCCCUUGGAGGUUGUGCAGCAUGACUGGGAGGCGAGGGCUGGGCUGGCUGGCAGGCUUGAACUGCGGCCAAGACCCAAGUACAGUCUGGGCACUGGGGCCUUGGCUCACUGCAAGCUCCUUCCUCAUUCCUGCCCCUGUGGGAGUAGUAGGACUGAGGUUCUGCUGCGGCCACCACCGCGGAUUUUCUUACCAUCUUGUGGGGAAACAGGGCAGCCUGCCAAGCUGCUGCCCGGCCCCACCAGCGGGGCCACGUCUCGUCUCCAGAUGGAGAAACUGAGGCAGCACCUGGGGAUUAGGCCAGAGGCUGCCUGGGCAGGGGGGUCAGGAAGGGGCAAGACCUGGACUCAGAGCCAGCGGAGCCCCCUCUGCCCACCCCGCUACCUCCUGUCCUCCCUCUCCAAGGGGUACAUGCCCCCGGAAAAGCCCACCUGGUGGGCCUUCCUCUGGGACCUGGGGCUAGGCCAGGCUCUGUGGGGGCCCAGUGUGAACGAGCCCCCACCCCCAGGGGGUCAGUGUGAACGAGCCUCCCACCCCCAGGGGCCCAGUGUGAACGAGCCCCCACCCCCAGGGGCCCAGUGUGAACGAGCCCCCACCCCCAGGGGUGUGAACGAGCCCUCACCCCCAGGGCCCAGUGUGAACGAGCCCCCACCCCCAGGGGCCCAGUGUGAACGAGCCCCCCACCCCCAGGACCUGUGA